AUGUCGGCUGAGGAAGAGCGGCGCCGAACUGGCCGGUACAUGGCCAUUCUGGUGGGGAUAUCUCUCUUCAUACUUGCGCUGUACCACGCCUGGGUGCGUCGCAUCCCCAUAGUCGCCAGUCUCGUGGUGCCAGCCCUAAUCAUGUUUGUGUACGUCGCCUGGAUCCUCUACACAGCCUCCAGGGAAAAACACAGGUUUCGUCUGUUCGACGUAGAGGUGGGGCAGGCAGGACACGAAGCCGAGGGCGACGUGGCUAUAUCGGAGCUAAAUCAAAACAACAUCGACGUCACUGUUAUGUCUGGGAAAGAUUCCACUUCAAGCCCUGAAGAAACGAACUGGACAGAAAUAUCAACAGCACUUAUGAAGGGAGAUAAAAAUUCCCGAACAGAAGUUGAACUCAAUCGACUUCCUAUCAUCUUAGUUAAUGACAAGCCACCAGAAGAUUUGGAUCAAAAAUGGCGGAAUAUCAUAGAACUUUCCAAUAACGAUAAACUUAAAGUUUUUCAUACUAGGAGAAGAUAUAAGAGGAAAUUCUGUAGGACAAGAAGAUACGCUGCCUUCAAAAGGUCAUACUCGAUUGGUUAGGAUUGUUUAAGAUAUUGUACAUAAUUGGAUGAUGACAGG